AUGGGUCAAUUAUACGGAGAUAGAGAUAUGGACUAUUUGAAUGUCUAUGGAAAUGGUGGCGCGGGAAAGAGUACAAUUUGCAAUACUUUAGUCAGAGAAGUACAUUUCCCAAGUGGUGUUGCUGUUGGAUCUGGUUUAACAAGAGAGUUUAAAACGAAAACCUUUGGUAAUUUAACGGUUUCAGACUCUCCAGGAUUGUUAGAUCCAAUUAUUAUGCAGUUGGCAAUCCAAGAGAUAGAAAAGUCAUUGAAAGUAAACCCUGUUUGUAAGAUAGUAUUUGUAAUCGCUUUGGAUGCUGGUAGAGUAAAGGCUCAAGAUAUCGAUUGUAUCAAUCAGAUCUUGAGAGCGAUCCACAACAGUGCUCCUAUUUCGUAUGGUUUGAUCAUCAAUAAAGUAACUAGUGCUCUUGCCAACACGUUAAGAUCGUCACCAACAGCAUUGGAUGCUUCGCUUGCCAGUCUCAUCAGGAAACCUUCACAUCAAUUGAUUUUGGAGAAAGAAGAAUCAAUUGAAGAUGAAGAUAAUAGGAUGAUGAGCACCGCUGCCAGAGAUAGCCUAUUAAACUUCAUAAGUCAACUUACAAACAAUUAUAUCAUAGCCAAUAACAUUCGUAUUGAAAGAGAGAGAGAAAGACAAGAAAGAGAAAGAAGAGACAGAGAAGAAAUAGAAAGACAAAUAAGAAUCGCACAGGCAGAGGCAGAGCGUCAGAGGCAAAUAGCUGAAGAGAAUCAUAGAAGGAUACAACAAAUUGAAGCAGAACGAAUUCGAUUGGCACAAGAACAACAAAGACAGAGAGCUGAAGAAGAAAGAGUCCGUCUAGAGGACUUAGAGCGACAAAGAGUUAUACAACAACAAAUCGAAGAGGAACGACGUCGUCAAAUUCGAGCACAAUGUCCUCGAGGUCAUCACGGUCACGGUCAUCAUCAUGGUCACGGUCAUGGACAUGGUCAUCACGGUCAUCACGGUCACGGACAUCAUGGAGGAAGAGGAGGUCAUGGUCAUGGACACUGUCAUCGCAAUCGUGGAGAAGGACAUGGAGGUGUUUACUGUGAUAAAGAUAUGGAGUAUUUGAAAAUCUAUGGAAAUGGUGGUGUAGGAAAGAGUACAAUUUGCAAUACUCUAGUCAGAGAAGUGUAUUUCCCGAGUGGUAUUGCUGUUGGAUCUGGUUUAACAAGAGAGUUUAAAACCAAAACCUACGCUAACUUGACAGUUUCAGACGGUCCAGGAUUAUUAGAUCCAAUUAUUAUGCAGUUGGCAAUCCAAGAGAUAGAAAAGUCAUUGAAAGCAAAUCCUGUUUGUAAGAUAGUAUUUGUAAUCGCUUUGGAUGCUGGUAGAGUAAGGGUUCAAGAUAUCGAUUGUAUCAAUCAGAUCUUGAGAGCGAUCCACAAAAACAGUGCUCCUAUAUCGUAUGGUUUAAUCAUCAACAAAGUAUCUAGUGCUAUUGCUAACACGUUAAGAUUGUCUCCAACAGCAUUGGAUGCUUCUCUAUACAGCCUCAUCAGGAAACCUUCACAUCAAUUGAUUUUGGAGAAAGAAGAAUCAAUUGAAGAUGAAGAGAAUAGGAUGAUGAGCACCGCUGCCAGAGACAGUCUAUUAAACUUCAUAAGUAAACUUGAAAACAAUUACAUCAUAGCUAAAAAUAUUCACAUCGAAAGAGAGAGAGAAAGACAAGAGAGAGAAAGAGAAAUACAAAUAAGAAUCGCACAGGCAGAGGCAGAGGCAGAGCGUCAGAAACGAAUAGCUGAAGAGAUCAACAGAAGGAUACAACAAAUUGAAGCUGAGAUAAUUCGAUUGACACAAAAACAACAAAGACAAAGAGAAGAAGAAGAGAGAGUGCGUCAAGUGUACUUACACCAACAAAGAGUUCUACAACAACAAAUCGAAGAUGAAAAAAAUCCACUUUCAACUUGA